UGGGCUCAGACCCUCACAUCUCCCUUGAGGGCUUCAAGGAGGGAGGCAUUCAGCUGAAGUGCAGUUCCAGUGGCUGGUACCCCAAGCCCCAGGCUCAGUGGAAAGAUCAUAAAGGACAAUGCCUGCCUCCACAGAUGGAAGCCAUAGUCCAGGACGCCCAGGGCCUGUUCAAUCUGGAAACAUCCGUGAUUGUCCGAAGGGGUGCCCACAGUAAUGUGUCUUGCUCCGUCCAGAACUCUCUCCUGAUACAGAAGAAAGAGUUCACCAUCCAGAUAGCAGACGCAUUCUUACCUGGAACCUCCCCCUGGAAGAGAGCGUUCUUCGGGGCUCUGGUGGGACUGCCGCUCCUCCUGGCUCUCCUCUUGACGCUGGCGCUGUACUUCUUUCAGAAGCAACGGAGGUCCCAAGAAAAGUUGAAGGAGCAGGCUGAGAAGGACAAAGGGAGACUCACAACAGAGCUGGGGGAAUCAGGACCAUGGGUUGUGUGCCUGAAGGGAGAGUGAAUUUGAAGGAAGGGGAAUGGAGGAGAAGGCCACCAUGGAUGGGAGAAGGGGGGAAGAGGGGAAGAAGACCUCAAGAACCACCUUGCAUGUUGUAAUAAAACUCCAGACGAAA